GGUCAAGCAAUCCAGGAUUCGCUCGUGCUCGCGUUUGGCCCCGCCCACCUCCACCUCCACCUCCACCUCCUCCUCCUCCUCCUCGUCGCGCUAUAAAACGACUCGGGACACUUUUGCCACUCGAUCGCAGCUUUCGCCAUCUCGCCGGCGGCCACGGGCGCGCUCGUCUCGCCGCCGCAUGGAGCUGCACAACCUGCUGUACGAGUCGGCGGCGUCCGCGGGGGGGCUCCUGGCCCCGGGGGGCCCCGCGCACGCGGCCGAGCUCGGCGGGGACAUCGGCGACGCCGAGACCUCCGUGGACCUGAGCGCCUACAUCGACCCGGCCGCCUUCAACGACGACUUUCUGGCCGAGCUCUUCCACCACCCGUCCCGGAUGCGCGCGGUCGCGGCGGCGGAGUACGAGCACGCGCACGUCGGACCCCCGCACGUGUACGCCAAGGUGGACGCCGUCCCGGACGCCAAAGUCUUCAAGGCGGACACGGACGACCUGUACGAGCACGCGCGUCUGCGCCCGGUGGCCAUCAAGCAGGAGCCGCGCGACGAGGACCUCCUGCACACGUCCGCCGCCUACCGGCACCACGCGCACCGCUACGCGCCGCCGCCGCCGCCGCACCUGCAGUACCAGGUGGCCCACUGCGCGCAGACCUCGGUGCACCUCCAGCCGGGCCAGCCCACUCCGCCGCCCACCCCGGCGCCCAGCCCGCACCUCCACCACCGUGACCUUCAUCAUCAUCAUCAUCAUCAUCAUCAUCAGAGGGCGGCGGCGGCGGCGGCGGCGGCGGGCGGCAAGCCCAAGAAGCACGUGGACAAGAGCAGCCUGGAGUACCGCCUGAGGCGGGAGCGCAACAACGUGGCGGUGCGCAAAAGUCGAGACAAAACCAAGAUGCGCAACAUGGAGACGCAGCAGAAGGUUCUGGAGCUCAGCUCGGACAACGAGAGACUCAGGCGCCGCGUGGACCACCUCAGCCGGGAACUGGACACCCUGCGGGGGGUCUUCCGCCAGCAGCAGCAGCAGCAGCAGCCGCACGCGCCCGACGCCCUCUACCGGGGGCACGCGCGCAGCUGAGGACCCGAGACUCGCCGUCGGAUCCGCCGCGGCUUGCGCGUCGAUGCUCAAGUCAAAUCGGCAGCGAUGACGUGGCACGCUCCUGCGAUUGUGCGCGCGCGUGGACGUGUUGCCGUGCAACUUUCCUCUCUUCGCUCAUCAGACGCGCACGCACACGUGCACACAGACUCGAAAGAAAACGUCACACACACAGGUCCAACACGCACACAAAAACAGAGCUCCAUCACAAACACACACACGCACAAUUACAUUAAUAACACACACACACACACACACACACGCACGCAAAGUAAAAAGCGACACACUAAUGCAUAAGGCAAACACACGUACACAAACACAUGCACACGAUCGCAUUAAUAACACGCACACACGCAGGUCACACAUCCCAAUUCAUGCACACACGCGAAUAUUGCCACUUCCACACUUGCAUCUGCUCAAGUCUCUCUCACACACAUACGCACACGAACGUUACCAUGUUUAUGUAUCAGAAAGAAUGCAAAAUCGAAUAUUUUGCCAAUAUAAAUAUAUAUAUAUAUAUAUAUAUAUAUAUAUAUAUAUAUAUAUAUACUGUAUGAAAUAUGGAAAUGUGCUCUGACUUGUUCCCCAAAUAAAAGAUUUUCCUUCAUGGUAUUGCGUGGGCACCGUUUGCAGCUAGGCGGCGCCGACGCGGAUCUGGCGCUGCCGGCGACGAUGUGGAACGUUUUCUCAUUCGUCGAUAAGAGUAGGGCUGCGAAUUUCAAAAUAAGUUCGAGGCACGCCGAUGAAAAACCAAAGUUAUACGUGCUCAAAUCAAGUGCUGAACUUCCGAAAGAUUUUGAAGUUUCCCUUUUUGGGUUUGGCGUCUUAAUGAACCACAACAAGCGCGAACAAGUCUCAAACAAUCGUACAACAAGCGAGCGCUUGUCGAGGUUUUGUUUCGUGUUGAACUCGACUUUCCUUUCUUGCCUGCUCCUUUCGUGGGCUGCGCGCAGUCAGCGAUGACCGCCUGAGAUCUGAUUUGAUUGGCUGAAGGGGGCGGCGGCUGAACUCGCGCGCGAUUGGUCGUUCCGGUCGUUCCGGUUCGUCACUGCCGUAAAGCCUGUCAAAUAUGUUGCGCCCCGUGUGUCUUGAAUCCAAACCUUCCUUUUUUUUUUUUUUUGCUACGGUGCGGGACCUUACGGGACCGCUUCUGGGUCCGGACCUGGACCGCGGUGCGCCAGUUAGUGACCGCGGUCAUAUCACUUGAUGUAAUCAAUACGCGUCAUGUGACGUGACGUCACCAAAUGGAAUGCUGUCACGAUGGGUGUUUUGGUUUUGAUUAUAACUUGUAACUAGAUGUAAUGUAAUUACAUUGUAAUGCAUGUGUAAUGUAACUGUGUGUGUAUGUGUGUGUGUGUGUUUGUGUGAGAGGGUCAGAGUUCACAUGUUAGUUUGUUCAGGGAGGGGGCCCAUACACACACACACAAAGUCAAAGGUGAAAGUCUGAUGAGUUUGAGUUGUUUGCGGUCAAUAGUGACCUCAUAGCAGACCGCCAUUGGUGUGUGUGUGUGUGUGUGUGUGCGUGUGUGUGAAGAUUACUGGGGGGGGGGGGGUUAUCGGUCCCAAUGGGGGUCAGAGUCCGGGUCUUCUGACCUGCGAGAUGGGCGGGGCCAGGAUGAGCGGCAGCUCGCCCGUCGCGAAGCUAUCGCAGCGUUGGAAAUCGUCCGAGGAGCCGCAGAGCAAAAUGUGACGAAGUCAAGUCCCGGUUGGCGUGCUCGCGGAUUCAGCUCGCAGUUGAUGUUUGGGCCCAUUUAGCCCUGCUUUUACCAUUUUCGAUAAACAAAUCCCAUUGACUCAUCAUUAACUGUAUACUAUUAAAACUGCUCAUUUAAAAUUAAA